AAACGGCGUUAAGUGCGGCUGGACAGUCCAACUCUAUUAUCACCGUGAAAAGAAAAAAAAAAGAAGAAGAUUCAAUACAGAGUAUACCAGGAGCAUCUGGUAAUGUUUAUAUCUGAGGACGUUUUAUUUAAUUUUUUGGAACGAAAACAAUAAUCCGACGAUCGUAUUUGCACGUCGCAAAUCCGCUCUUUUAAUCAAAGAUCUCGACCGUCCAUUUUUAGUUAAGACUUUAGAGAGCUGAUAAGUGGAAUAGUGGAGAUUUGCAUUCGCAGGGGAUAAGGAUCAAAAAUGGAGGAAGCAAAGGGACCUGUGAAGCACGUAUUGCUUGCUAGUUUCAAAGAUGGGGUUAGUCCUGAGAAAAUCGAAGAGCUCAUCAAAGGUUACGCCAAUCUCGUCAAUCUCAUCGAACCUAUGAAAGCUUUCCACUGGGGAAAAGAUGUGAGCAUUGAGAAUCUGCAUCAAGGUUACACACACAUCUUUGAAUCCACAUUUGAGAGUAAAGAAGCUGUUGCAGAGUACAUUGCUCAUCCUGCUCACGUUGAAUUCGCCACCAUCUUCCUUGGCAGCUUGGAUAAAGUUUUGGUUAUUGACUACAAGCCUACCUCUGUCUCUCUCUAAUUAUCUUGUAGCAGCAUUUUCAUCAUUGAUCUUUUUCUCGGGUAUGCAUCUUGUAUGUUGAAUAAAGUAUAUUCCUUUUGAGUUUUCCUGCAUUGUUCUCAUGUUUCUCUGUGAAUUUCUCUCUUUUUUGUUUGUUUGUUUGUUUCCUUCUGUUGUAUUAUACUUGAUCUGUAAAAAGAUCAUGAGUUUAUUAAGAGUGUUUGAUUUCAGACUCCUCUUUGUUAUAAGUCUAUUACUAGUUGUUGUCUCUUAGUUUCUUUUAUCAAUAGAGUUGAGUUAUAUGGAAUAACAAGUUGAAAAGAAA